AUGGAUGGCCCCAGCUGGCUGGGGGCUGUGCUCUUCCUUGGGCUUCACCUCCGAGCUCUGUGGCCUGCGGCAGCCGUGGAAGUUCACACUUCCAAGGAGGUGUACGCUGUGAACGGCACUAACCUGCGGUUAAAAUGCACCUUUUCCAGCAGCAGCCCGAUUAGCCAGCACCUGUCAGUGACCUGGAACUUCCAGCCCGAGGACCUGAGCUCUCAUGAGCCAGUAUUUUACUACCUGAAGGAGCCCUACAAAUCUUCUGGACGGUUUAGAGAGCGAGUCACCUGGGAUGGGAAUAUUGAGCAUAAUGAUGUUUCCAUCAUUAUCUGGAAUUUGCAGCCCACUGACAAUGGGACUUUCACCUGCCAGGUGAAGAACCCGCCAGAUGCUGAUGGCACCAUUGGUGAAGUGCGACUCAGAGUUGUGCAGAAAGUGCACUUCUCAGAAAUCCACUUCUUGGCGGUGGCCAUUGGGUCUGCUUGUAUUCUGAUGAUCAUUGUGGUGACAGUUGUGGUUAUCUGUCGACACUAUCGGAAGAAAGCGCAAGAGAAGAGGAUCGAGGUGACAGGCGCUGAACUCAGAGAAAAGGAGAACCUGAAGAUUAGAGAAGAAAAGGAAGCCAGUCCGUUAGAAGACUAG